AUGACAGAUAUGAGGCUCGAUUUUUUGGCUUUAGCUAGUCUAGCUGUGUCUACUCAAGCAGGUCUGCUAGACAUAGGCAAAAUAAAAGAUUUCUUCAAAGGAGGAAAUUUGGGUGAAAAAAUCAAAACUGCCACACUCUCCAAGUUCAAAAAGCUCUUCGAGAAGACUGGCAUCUUUUCACUUGGCACUAAGCUGGCAGAGAUGAGAAGCAAAGUGAUGAAGAAACUGGAACUCUCCAAGGCUAAGAAGGCUGAAAUUGACAGGAAGCUCAAGGAAAUCGCAGCUAGAGUGGACAACACCGUUGAAAACUUGAAGGACACCAUAUUCGAAAUCAACGCUGCUAAGAAUGUUGGCAAAGCCCUCUUCCAGAGUGACAUUCUGCUGACAAAGUGGGUGGCUCGUUUUGUUUCAGCAUACAUGAUGUUUUGUGGAACAAUAGCUUCCAGGAGGCAACUUGAAGAAUUCAUGGAAGGUCUCGAGGGAGGACGAGCUAAGAGACAAGCGUUUAAGGAUGAAAAUUACCCAAAAACUACUUGGCAGCAAGGAGUCUUCUACCGCUUCGACAACAGCACAGACUAUCUCACUAGGAGAAUGUUCGAGAUGGGAGCUAAACAAUGGGAAGAAGCAACAUGCGUCGACUUCAAAGAAGAUAAGGACGGAGAAGCCGAAAACAGUCUCAUACUUAUCAAAGAAGAUGGAUGUUGGUCGUUCGUGGGUCGUCACGGUGGUGAGCAACCCCUUUCGCUCGGCAAAGGCUGCGAAGAGAUCGGAAUCGCUACACACGAGAAUUGGCCAACGCUUGGACCUUCCACAAUCACAUGUCGCGCGUACGACCGAGAUUGA